AUGCUAUGCAACCUUCAGUGCCUCUGCCUGGUAAGUCCUUCCCUCUCCCUCCCCCCCACCCCCCCUCCUCACCAAGGAAGCUUCUACUACCUCAUCCCCAUUCACCAUUACCUCACUUUUUCUCUUUUUGGUAGGUCAGUGAACAAUUUCCUGAUAACAGGUCCCAAGGCCUAUCUGACCUACACCACCAGUGUGGCCCUGGGUGCCCAGAGUGGCAUUGAGGAGUGUAAGUUCCAAUUUGCUUGGGAACGCUGGAACUGCCCUGAAAAUGCUCUCCAGCUUUCCACUCACAACAGGCUGAGAAGUGCCACCAGGGAGACUUCCUUCAUUCAUGCUAUCAGCUCUGCUGGAGUCAUGUACACCAUCACCAAGAACUGUAGCAUGGGCGACUUUGAAAACUGUGGCUGUGAUGAGUCAAAAAAUGGAAAAACAGGAGGCCAUGGCUGGAUCUGGGGAGGCUGCAGCGACAAUGUAGAGUUUGGGGAAAGAAUCUCCAAACUCUUCGUGGACAGUCUGGAGAAGGGGAAGGAUGCCAGAGCCCUGAUGAAUCUUCAUAACAACAGGGCAGGCAGGCUGGCAGUGAGAGCCACCAUGAAAAGGACUUGCAAAUGUCAUGGCAUCUCGGGGAGCUGUAGCAUCCAGACAUGCUGGCUGCAGCUGGCUAACUUCCGGGAGAUGGGCAACUACCUAAAGGCCAAGUAUGACCAGGCACUGAAAAUUGAGAUGGAUAAGCGGCGGCUAAGGGCUGGGAACAGUGCCGAGGGCCACUGGGCACCCACUGAGGCCUUCCUUCCUAGUGCAGAAGCUGAGCUGAUCUUUUUAGAGGAAUCGCCUGAUUACUGUACCCGCAAUUCCAGCUUGGGCAUCUAUGGCACAGAGGGUCGGGAGUGUCUGCAGAACAGCCACAAUACAUCCAGGUGGGAGCAAUGCAGCUGCGGGCGCUUGUGUACAGAGUGUGGCCUGCAGGUGGAAGAGAAGAGAACUGAGGCUAUAAGCAGCUGUAACUGCAAAUUCCAGUGGUGCUGCACGGUCAAGUGUGACCAGUGUAGGCAUGUGGUGAGCAAGUACUACUGCACGCGCUCCCCAGGCAGUGCUUGGUCCCAGGGCAAGGGCAGCACACGAUAGCACCCCACAGGAACUUACUUGCUCAGUUGCAUGACAAUGGA